ACACAUCCUCAAGCUGCUUCUGUGAUUGGAUGAGCGCCCCGAGGAUGUCACUUGGCUACCGAAUGAGAAAUUGAACACAUUAACGGAAAUCCAGCCCUUGAAUUUUACUGGCCGUUUCCGUGUGGCAUUCAGAUAGUCAUGAGUGAGGUUUACAGCAAAUAAAGGUAGCCAUUGGGUUCUUGGUACAUCUUUCUAGUGGCGAAGACCAGUCUCAUUUUCGUUGGUACGGAAGCCGAGAGAGGACGGGUUGGUUACGCGGCGGCGGUGGGUCUCCACCCGAGAGUAUGGCGGCCAGGAUUGUAUUGGUGAGCGCAUAAGGAACGGGAAGAGGUGGUGAAAAUAAUCAGAACGCUUGUAUUAUUAACUUUUAAAAUAGGAUGUAUUUAUCAACAGUUGUUGAGUUAAUACGCGCCAGUCUUCUUUCAGAAUCCAUCAUCAGGAACCGUCCUGUUUUUUCACCAAUGUCUUCGCUGGAGCAAGUUUUGUUUUUAUGAUGCAUAGAAUGGUAAGAGAAGCAGAUGAAAAACCACACGUUUCACAUUGUCCCGCGUUUUGAUAGCUUGUAAUGCACAUUUUGAAGUUGCCUGGGGGAAUUUCUACAAUGAAAUCCAUCUUCGGUCAGCAAGGCUUUGUGUUCUGCUUUUGUAUUUGCCAUUGCUGAACGGUAGUAAGGAAGGCAAUAUUUUUUUAUAUCCGUUUAAAAAAUGGAACACGAAUAAAUGUUAUUUGCGCGGGGAUAGCUUUCGACAAUCUCUUGAAAUCAUCAACUAACAAGGGAGCAAUGCGCGAGUACAAAGUGGUGGUCCUUGGCAGCGGUGGGGUCGGGAAAUCCGCCCUCACUGUUCAGUUUGUCACCGGGACUUUUAUUGAGAAAUACGACCCGACCAUAGAGGAUUUUUACCGCAAAGAAAUAGAGGUGGAUUCCUCACCCUCUGUUCUGGAGAUUCUUGACACUGCUGGUACUGAACAGUUCGCAUCCAUGCGGGACCUUUACAUCAAAAAUGGCCAAGGCUUCAUACUUGUCUACAGUCUUGUCAACCAGCAGAGCUUCCAAGACAUCAAACCCAUGAGGGACCAGAUCAUCAGAGUGAAAAGGUACGAGAAGGUCCCAGUGAUCCUGGUGGGGAACAAAGUGGACCUGGAGAGUGAGAGGGAGGUGUCGGCCAGCGAGGGCCAGGCUCUGGCCGAGGAGUGGGGCUGUCCCUUCAUGGAGACCUCGGCCAAGAGCAAAACCAUGGUGGACGAACUGUUUGCCGAGAUUGUUCGGCAGAUGGACUACGCCGCCCAGCCAGACAAGAAUGACCCAUGCUGCUCCUCCUGCAAUAUACAAUAGCCCCAGGGCCUAGGGCGACGCCAGGGGAGAGGACGUAGCCCCAGGGCCUAGGGCGACGCCAGGGGAGAGAGGACAUAGCCCUAGGGCGACACCAGGGGAGAGAGGACGUACCCCCAGGGCCUAGGGCGACGCCAGGGGAGAGAGGACAUAGCCCUAGGGCGACACCGGGGGAGAGAGGACGUACCCCCAGGGCCUAGGGCGACGCUAGUGGCCAGUGGAGAGAGAACAUAGCCCCAGGGUCUAGCGGGACGCCAGGGGAGAGAAGGAGUCUGCAUACAGGAUGAUUCACAGAGAGGAGGACAAUACUUACACCAACAACAGCGACGAUUAACAAACACAUGGUAGAAAUGUGGUGGAAUUGAACUCUUCGGUGCAUAAAAUCAGUCAUGAUGUAAUUAAUGAUAUGUUCAUAAUUAAUAGAGUUAAAUUAGGAAUUCAAAGGAUUUGCCUCGAGAGAAAUUGACAAACAAACAGGACUAAAGAAAAGUCCACUCGCUUUAUGUUAUCCUGUUUUCUCCGUCUUGAGUCGUCUGUCGGAAUUACUGAACAGGAUGUGGACUCUUUAUGCUGUUCUGCGAUCAUUAAUAUGUUUCUUUAACAUAGUUUCAGUUUUGUUGAUAUGACCCAGUUUUUCUCUCAGCACAUUGAGCUUCUUUCUCCGUUUUAACUGACAGAGCAGAAGAUAAAUUCAGAUCUACUUGUUUGAAACAUGGCUGAGUAAUUGAUUUGUGUACUAGGUUUCUCUGUGCAGGAAAAGAGAAAGUCUACCUACCUUUUAUCCAAUGAGAUGUGUUGUACUCAUCACUAGGCCAGAAUCAAAGAGGUGACUUGAAUGAGCCUCUUUUUAAUUUUCUCUUUUAUUUGUUUUGCGGAAGGGGUAGCUGUUGUCUUGCUUCCUGUUUUCCCCUUUUGGAGGUGUUGUGUUAAGUGUAGCAGAGGUGUCUGUCACAUAAUCCUGUCUUUUGUUUUGGUGUCAGUAAGUUCUGACGACAGAUUGCUGAAUAUUGUAACCGUUUCAUUCAGAUGGUACUAGGAGGACUCCAUCUUUCAGUAUUUGAAUAUCUCUACAGACUCUAGAAACGGUUUACUUUUCAGUAAUGGGUGCCAUCCCACAUCCUCUCCAUUGAAUUUGAUUUUGAUUGGGUAUCACAAUGAAAUGGGGUGCAACGUUUUCUCAACAUCCCACUCCUCUUUAAGUAUUCAAAUGUAUAGUAGUAACAGUAAUGAUGAUGAUGAUGAUGAUAAUUGUUAUUUAACAGUAGUGUAAAUAUUUUGUCUGGAAAGUUCCAGCUCCUACGAAGACACUGACUGAACUGUUGUCAACCGUAUCAGUGGAGGCUGCUGAGGGGAGAACAGCGUUUUAAUAAUGCCUGUAACGGAGCAAAUGGAAUGGCAUCAAACACCUGGAAACUAUGUGUUUGAUAUCAUUCCACAGAUUCCGUUCCAGCCAUUACCACAAGCACAUCCUCCCCAAUUAACGUGCCACCAACCUCCUGUGAACUGUAUGCAUGGCUAGAAAACAAACAAAAAAGAUGACUUUAUCGUUUGAGAUUAUUAUAGCCUGUGUAAACUUAGAAACCAGACACAUGCACAUCUGGGUCCGGACACUGUCUCAACUACACAUGGUUGUAGGCCAUGGGGAGCCAGACCUUCCCUGGGUUACCAUUUUCAUUGUUCAUUUGAUCUCAUUUUUAUGUCACCAUUUACUCUUUCUCCCUCCCUAAAUGAAUGGAUGAAUGACACUUCCAUUUAGCACCUACACAAUAAAAGUGUGUUUAAAUAACACAAUGCAUUGCAGUGUGAAUGACACUAUUUCUAUGUUUACUUAUUGGAGUGACAGGCACUCUACUCCAUCGCCGGUUUCUCCUCUAAAGUGUUCUGGGAGAGAGAGACAUUUAUCUGGAAGGAAAUGGUUUCCUUUCCAAUGCCACCGCCAGUUCUAAAUAGCACAGUCACUUUGUGAAUUACAAGAACCCAACGUUGAGUGCACAAUGCUUGCUGAAUUAAACUUGACUUUCUUCUUUGUUUA